UACAACCCCCCCCCCCACACACACACACGUGAUUCCCAGCAUUCAUGGAGAGAGGGAAAGGAAGUCCUCAGCAGGAAGUGCAGGGGAAAUGCCAAUAAUGAUCCUGAGAGCAGCCGUACACAUGGACACACACAGAUUUCAUGAAACGUGUGGACAGAGCUGGGAAGUGCUAUGAAGGCUCUUUAGACACAUUUUGGACAGGAGGAGGAGGAAGAUCACGCAGGAGAAUGGAUCUCUGGAUCAAGAACUGGCCUGACAAAGAGAAGAAUUGGAGCCUCCAUGCUGCAGGAUAUCGAUUGGUCCCGUUUGGAUCAGAGAUCUCUAAUAGGAACAUAACCAGAUCUGCUGGAUUUCAUUCAAAUCAAGAUGUUCAUCACAGCCUCAGCCAAAUGCAAAGCCAGACAACCAGCUUGCUGGACAAUAAAGGUGGUAGGUCAUCCAACCAGAAUUAUUUCAAAGACAUGAGUUCUUCUGUUCUCAAUGAGACCAUAGAACGCAACACUAACAAGCAAUGUCAACAUGGCUUUAGGGAGAGUAAACGUUCUCAAAACCUUAAGAGCUUAGAUUCUUUCAUUAAUAAGAUGACUCCAAGUAGCAAAAAACUAAACAUUGUCUCUAAAAUAAGCAGCACUUUUAAACCUUUUAUCUGCCCAAAAUGUAAGAGGAGAUUCUGCAGCAUUCAAAACCUUCACACCCACCAGAGAAUCCACACGGGGAGGAGAUUUGUCUGCUCUAAAUGUGGGAAAUGUUUCUCACACAGGAAGAUCCUCACAGCUCACAAAUGGCUUCAUACUGGGAGGAAACCAUUCACCUGCGCUGAAUGUAAUAAUGGCUUUUUAUGGAACAGGGACCUUCAGGAACAUGAAAAGGACCAUAAAAAUGGGAAGAUGAACAUCAGUCAUCCUGAGACUCAAUCACAAGGAAAUUCUUACCACUACACUGAGUACAGGACAAGCUGCCGGAAUAAGAGCAUGUGUAAAACUCCGUUUAAGACUCACACAAAAAACAAGACUUGUAUCUGCUCUGAGUGUGGGAAAAGCUUCAGACAUAGGGGUCAACUCAAUGUCCAUCUUCGAAUUCAUACAGGAGAGAAGCCCUUUGUCUGUACUGAGUGUGGAAAAGGUUUCAGAAAAAAGUAUAAACUGAAAAAUCAUCUUGGGACCCACAGAGAAGGCCGACCUCAUGUCUGUACUGAGUGUGGGAAAACAUACAAGCAUAGAAGUGGACUAAGUGCUCAUCUUCACAGUCACACUAGAGUGAAGCCUUUUGCCUGCAGUGAGUGUCGCAAAACCUUUCAUUGUAAGACUCAACUCAAUAUUCAUCUUAGAUAUCACACAGGAAAAACGUUCCCUUGCACAGAGUGUGAUAAAACCUUUACACAAAAGAAAAACCUCAAAAGGCACCAAAUGAUCCACACGGGGGAGAAACCAUUCGAGUGCACAGAGUGUGGGAAAGGCUUCAGGGAAAAAAGAAAACUGCAGUUACAUUGUCUCAUUCAUUCUGGCCUGAAACCUUUUGAGUGUUUGGAGUGUGGCCGACAGUUUCGAUGGAAACAAGGGUUUGAAUAUCACCAGUUAAGUCACACCGGGGAAAGACCAUAUGAGUGUAGUGAGUGUGGGAGAGGCUUUAAAUCUAGUGGUGACCUUGGUCUACAUGUACGCAUUCACACAGGGGAGAAACCAUUUAUCUGUAAUGAGCGUGGGAAAAACUUUAAGGAUCCUGGUGUCCUUGAUAGACAUCUUCACAUUCACACAGGGGAGAAACCAUUUAUCUGUAAUGAGCGUGGGAAAAGCUUUAAGGAUCCUGGUGUCCUUGAUAGACAUCUUCACAUUCACAAAUUGGAGAAACCUUUUGUUUGUGUCGAGUGCGGGAAAAGGUAUCGGGAAUUAUGUUUACUAAGGUCUCAUCUUCAGACACACAUCAGAAUAGAGAAGUUUGUGUGCCCAGAGUGUGGCAAAGGUUACAUAUCAAAUAGAUGUUUUGAAACUCAUCUUCUCACUCAUACAAGAUAGACAUAUUUUCUGGACCCCUGUGUGAGGAACAUUUUCAAAAUGUUGGAGAAAUAAGAAGGUCCUGUCCUGAGCCCGACUGGCAAAAAGCUGAAGGAUGACAGCGUAUCUGGGAGUUGUGGUACAAUAUACUUUAUAGUCCUACUUUAUAUAAAUAUUGCCCCUUUGACUUUAUGUUGCCUCAUGCCCCUUAUAUGUGCAAGACCUCAACAUCAGCAGAUAAUAAGGAAGGUGGCCCUUCCAGACUACAAUAUACAGAAAGCUCAGUGAUGACCAAGGCAGGAAUGUAGGUUUCCAUAUUAUGAGGUCCCCUCUCUGUACAUAGAGUUCAUCAUGCUCAGCAUCCAGUGAUGCCAGGUAAGGUUUAUUUCACAAAGUCUAUUUCCAAGUAUAUAUAAUAUUAUGGGUUAGCCGGCAUCUAUAAUUUGCAGGGGUUCAAGUAUUUUCAUAUGUGUUGGUCCUGUAGUGGUCUUGGGUUGCUGCACCCACUUAGACACACACAAGUGCCUAUCGUUUGAGAUCAUAUGUCAUUUUAUUUAAGAUUUAGACCAAUGAUCCCAAACCAGUGGCUCUGGUGCAACAUGUUGCUCCCCAACCCCUCGGAUGUUGCUCCCAGUAGCCUCAAAGCAGGUGCUUAUUUUUGAAUUCCAUAAUUGGAGGCAAGUUUUAGUUGAAUAAAAUUUCAGGUGUUCUGCCAAACAGUUUUCUGUAGACUGCCAGGCUACCAAGUGGCCAAUCACAGACCUUAUUUGGCAACCCAGGAAUAUUUUUAUGCUUGUGUUGCUCCCCAACUCUUUCUACAUCUGAUGGUGGCUUAUGGGUAAAAAAGGUUGGCGACCCCCAGUUUAGAUUCAUGAUUUUCUUUUUUUGUACCAAAAAGUGUGCCAAGCGUUGUGUGUUUUCAAUCUGACUAUUGUGCAGCUCUCUUGAUUUUUGUAAAAUAAAAAAUCUGCUGAAUGA